AUGGAGACGACCUUGGCGACGGGCGAUGAUCCGGACCCAGACCUGGAUGGUGAGGAGUUUCUGGAGCGACCGCCCCGGACGAAUUUCGUCCGGCGCGUCGUUCCGGUGAACAUCAUGGCGACCGAUCUUGCCACAACUCGAGACCGUGACGCUGCUGAUGUGAAGAGAUGGUGCGCCGACGCCGGCUAUGAGGUCACAUUUCAGCGGGUAAAGGUCACUGCUGGUGAUCACGCCCGAGGGGCCGCACUGUGCGCAGUCGCGCGCACCCUGUGGAAACGCCAGAUCCGUGUGGAGGAGGAGGAGGGGAUCCAGACGCUGGUUGUCGGAGCGUCGGCAUUCGAGUCGCGACCCACGGCCAUGUCAACUUUUGGAUGCCUAUGUGCGAGGCCAAAGAUUGGGGCAGGACCCACUUGCACAUGGCUUGUUAGAGCAGCCAUGAGCGGCUUGCAGGGCAAGUUCAAGGGUCCGGACCGGGCGCCCCUCAAGAAGCGGCUAGGGAAGAAAGGGAUGCGUAGGACUGACUAUGCGCAGGCGAAACUCGCCACCUUGUCCCAAUCUGUCCGCUACUAUGAGGACGCCUGUGAUGUCCGCAUUUGUGUCGCGCUGGAUCUCAACCACCUCGACAGGGAGGCUUCACUCCUGGUGAUGUUAGAUAGUGAAUAUAACUAUGGUUGCUGCGACGGUUACAGGCACGUCAAGACGGCCUGGGAGACCAUCCUAAAGAGGCCCGUCGUCGCCGGCCGUGGAGUAAAGGCGGAUGCAACCACUGAGGACGUGGUUAUCGCGUUCGAGAUCAACAACCGGGUCGGCGCAAUGAUGGCGUGGACCGCAGCCCGUGUUGGCCGCAUCGAACCCAAGGUACGCACCAUAGGGCUGUGCCCAGGCGAACUCUAUGUGGAGAUCUCGGAGGUCGUGUGCUGCGAUCAACAGGAACACGGGCAAUGCGUCGGCCUUCACACGCCGCCGAAGCGGAGGCAUAAAGCUCGUUACGGCCGAGUUGAUCGCACCUUGGGCGUUGCAGGAAGACGUCGUCGAACCCCUCGCCCUUGCCGCAACCUUCAUGCCGUGAUCAACAGCGAUUACUCCCAAGAGCUCCUGGACCAUUUGCACGGAGACGCAGACCCACCGUGGUGCUUCAGCUCCAUGGCAACUGCGGUGUGGGACACCUUGGUCUAUCCGGCACGACGGUUGGCUCGCUCAUACACUUGCGCAACGGAGAAAGGCCUCUGCGAGCGCUUGGUCAGGUUCCCCAAUUGA